ACCCAAUCUGCAAACAUGAAGUUCUUCGUCGUUGCUGCCCUGGUGGCCGUGGCUGCCGCCGCCCCCUCCACCCCCUACAGCCCCCGGCCGGCCUACCACCCGGCCCCAGCCUACGCACCGGCCCCCGCCUACCACCAGCCGUCCUACAAGGAGCCCGCUCAGCCGUACCAGUUCGACUACGCCGUCAACGACCACUACUCGGGCGCCGUCUUCUCGCAGAACGAGAACAGCGACGCCAAGAACGUCAACGGCUACUACUCGGUCAACCUGCCCGACGGCCGUGUGCAGACGGUCAAGUACGUGGAGCUGCAGCAGGGCUACGGAGGCUACAACGCCGAGGUGACCUACGAGGGCGAGGCCCGCUACGACGAGUACAAGCCCAGCUACAAGCCCAGCUACAAGCCCGCUUCGUACGCCGCUCCGUCCUACCAGCCCGCCUACAAGCCUGCCUACAAGCCCGCCUACAAGCCCGCCUACAAGCCCGUCUACCAGCCCGCCUACAAGCCGCAUCAGUCGCCAAAGACCCAAUCUGCAAACAUGAAGUUCUUCGUCGUUGCUGCCCUGGUGGCCGUGGCUGCCGCCGCCCCCUCCACCCCCUACAGCCCCCGGCCGGCCUACCACCCGGCCCCCGCCUACGCACCGGCCCCGGCCUACCACCAGCCGUCCUACAAGGAGCCCGCUCAGCCGUACCAGUUCGACUACGCCGUCAACGACCACUACUCGGGCGCCGUCUUCUCGCAGAACGAGAACAGCGACGCCAAGAACGUCAACGGCUACUACUCGGUCAACCUGCCCGACGGCCGUGUGCAGACGGUCAAGUACGUGGCUGACCAGCAGGGCUACGGAGGCUACAACGCCGAGGUCACCUACGAGGGCGAGGCCCGCUACGACGAGUACAAGCCCAGCUACAAGCCCGCUUCGUACGCCGCUCCGUCCUACCAGCCCGCCUACAAGCCUGCCUACAAGCCCGCCUAUAAGCCCGCCUACAAGCCCGCCUACCAGCCGGCCUACAAGCCCGCUUACAACUAAAGUUCUUUGAACUGAGCUUUUCUUUCUAUUU